UUUGAUCGAUUUAAUUAUGUUCAUUUUUUGUGUUUCUAUGCUUUGAAUGAUCGAAUAUAGGGUUUUUAAAUUUCGAUUUUUUUGCUUGUUUUCUUUACUUUUCUGCUUAGAUUUCAUCUCUUAUUAUAUGAAUUGUACAAUUUAUGCAUUAGAUUUCACUACCCAGUUAGGACUCUUGGUGCUUCUUGUUGGCGCUAAGUGUGUGAUUUUUGUUGCUAUCAUAUUGAUUAAUCUCGUAUUGUUAUUGUGGGUUUCUGAAUCUUUUUCAUUACAUCUAUCUUUCGUUGUUUUCAUUAUAUUCCAGGCUUUUUAGGGUUUCAAGAAGUAAUUGUAUCAAUUUCCAGCUGUAAAUGAUCUGUUCAAAGUUUUAACUAAUGAGAUCUACUUUAAAUAAUACUUAUCUAGCUUCGAAGUCUUCUAACGUAAACUGUAGUUUAGUGGGUUCUUUUUUUUUUUUCUGGGAUAUUUUGGUAGAGCUUUUCCUUUUUAUUGGUGCUGUGUACUGCUAGUGGAGUCUGUGUUAUUGAUGUAUAAUGUAUUACUUGUUCUGCCUCUCAUAUUCUGAUUAAAAGUUUCAUAUGUUCUCUGAAAUGUUUGAGUCGGAUUUAAUUGAAUCGAGGAUUCCACAGAAUGCUGUUUUGUUUACUUAAUUAAUUCUAUUUGGUUGCAGCUGUGAAGUUUAUAAUACAAAUACAAUUGCUAAGUACUUUUUUUUAACAUGUAGUAAUUCCAUAAAUUCACUUGUAUAUGCAAUGCAAUAUGCAUGUUUUUAUUAGAAAGCAUCUUCCUUUAGCUGAUAAAAUAUGAAUGAAGCUAAUAUUGUUUUUUGGCAAAAAUCCUUAAGCAUAUUGGAUCCAAUUCUUGUUCUUACAAAACGAAAUUAUGGGCUCCACAUAUGAACACUAAUAAUCAAGGUGAGAGAUUAUCAAUAAAACAAUGUUGUGCUUUAGAAAUUGAAAAAUCCUGUGUGAUAAGUUUUUGAAAAAUAAAUAAAUGUAGUUUGAUUUUUUGCAUGGUUUGAAUUACAUAUACAUUUUUAACAGUAACGUUUAUUCAGAAUUUUAGAGCAAUGUUGUGAAACAAGUAGUGAGAAUUGCUGUCACAUAAAUCUACAUAAAAAAGCAUGAUUGAUCAAUUGAAAUUGAAAGGUGUGAAAACAUAUUAAGGUAAUUGGAUAUGAAUAAUAAAACAGAAUAUCCUAGCUGCAACAUUAAUUUCAUUUAAAUGAGUUCAUUUGGAUAGUAUCUAGUUGAGCUCUCUACCUUUGUUGAGUUCAUUGAGUUUAAUCCUAAUAGUUACCUAGAUGCAAUUUUCUUUGAGUACCAUACAUUGUGUGUGCAUCAUGCAUUGUAAUCUUGAAGUUCAUAUACUUACUCUACAUUUUAUAAAUUCCCUUAUGAUCCAUGUGAACAACCAUUGAAAUUAGUAUAUUGGUUCAUGUAGCCAAUUCUUUUGGGAUUAAGGCUUUGUCAUUGUUUGAGAAAGUUUUAAUUAGUUGCAACUUUUUUUUGUUUUUGUCACAAUGAAAUGCCUAUAUAUCCUUUUUUUUUAUGGGCAAAUUGAGAAGUGGGGACUAAGUUGUAUACGAUAUGAAGGGAAGUUUGAGAAUUUGGCCUAACUUCUCUUUUUUUGGUUUUUCCUUUUUCGUGCCUUUGAGAAAUGUUCCUAGUAUUUUGGCUCACAUGCAUCCUCACAUUGCUUGUAUAUUGGAUUCACAGGUUGUGACGGAAUCCAGAAAUCCUAGAAAUGCUGGUUCUAUUGGCUCUAUAGGUUCUGGAUCUUUUUCUGUAGAAGGUAAUUCACUUUUUGAUGCUACUCAAUAUGAAUUCUUCAGUCAAAAGGCUGUUGAAGAGGUGGAGUUAGGAGGCUUAGAAGAUGAUAAGGAUGACCUAUCUCUAGCUCCUGUGCAUACUGAUGAAUAUCAAUUGUUUGAUAGAGAUGAGGGGCUGCAUGCCAAUUUAGGAUCUUUGUCCGAUUUGGAUGAUCUGGAAACUACAUUCUCAAAGCUGAACAGAGUAGUUAGUGGGCCAAGGAAUCCUGGGGUUAUUGGCGAUAGAGGUUCUGGAUCCUUGUCAAGAGAAAGUUCAUCUGCUGCAGACUGGUCGAGAGAUGGCUGGUUGGACCAUGGUAUGUCGGAUAUGGAAAAUGCUCUGGAAAGUAAAGGGUGGUCAUCUCAGCCUCCGUGUGUGUCCAAUCAUCCUGGUGAAUUUAACAAGCCUUUGUAUAGAGCAUUGUCUUACCCAGAGCAGCAACUGCAACAGCAACAGUAUCUUCAGCAACACUUUUCGAACGAAUCUAUGUCAAGUCCUCAAUCAUCUUUUACCUCCUUCCCUCCUCCAGGAGGCAGAGCACAGCAGCCUUUGUCUCAUCGCUAUUCACUUCCUCUAAAUAUCCCAUCUGAUCCCAAUCUUUUAGCACCAAAUCUGUCACUAAUGCCUGAUUCUGGUUGUCACUUUUCGGGGAUAUCUAGUUCCCAUGGAUUACGAUAUGGGGGAAGAAUGUCUAGUCUAACAUCUGGUCAUGGAAUCAGUGAUCAGCCAGGGAGUCAUUGGAGCAACCAUGCUGGUUUAUUACAUGUAGAUCAUUCUAGUUUUCUCAACAAUAUAUUGCAACAACAAUUUCCUAAUCAGAACGUAAUGCGUCAUAAUUCACUGUUGAUUUCACCACAACGACGUUUACAGCCAGGAUUGCAUCAGUCUCAGCUGAAUGGAGGCUAUCCAUCUCUACAUACAAAUCAUGUAAAAAAGUAUGGCACUGCAUAUGCUUUAACUGAGACAAGGGAUCCAAGACCUAAAUCAACUCGUGGUAAACAUCAUCGGCUUAGCCAGCAAACUUCCGAGUCUGCUUGCCAAAAGAGUGAUUGCAUCCAGUUCAAGUCCAAGCAUAUGACUGCAGAGGAGAUUGAUAGCAUUCUGAAGAUGCAACAUACUUCUUACAGCAAUGACCCUUAUAUAGAUGAUUAUUACCACCAAGCUUGCGCUGCCAAAAGAUCUUCAGGUACAAGGUUGAAACAGCGCUUUGCUCCACUUCAUUUGCGUGAUCUACCUUCUCGUUCACGUAAUAGUAGUUCGGAUCAGCAUAGUCAUCAAUCCUUUGAUACCUUGAGAAGGAUGGCCUUGUCAUCCAUUUGUAGGCCUCAACCGCUUCUUGAUAUUGAACCCUUAUCCUCAGGAGGUGCUGAUGGUAGCACUAAAUGCAGAUCACUGGAACAAGAACCAAUGUUUGCUGCUAGAAUAGCUGUUGAGGAUGCUUUUACUCUUCUUCUUGAUGUAGAUGAUAUAGACCGUUAUUUACAAUUUAGUCCACCGCAAGAUGGUGGGUCUCAGCUUAGGCGGAAACGUCAGGUACUUCUAGAAGCUUUAGCUGCAUCCCUUCAGCUUGUCGAUCCUCUUGGAAGUGGGGGGCAUAAUGUUGGUCCUGAGGAUGAUAUUGUGUUCAUGCGGCUUGUUUCCCUUCCUAAGGGAUUGGAGCUUCUGGGAAAGUGCUUGGAGCUUAUCAUAGUUAGCCCUGGUCCUUCAAGUGAGCUGGCUCGAAUUGUCUGUAUGUCUGUUUUCCGCCAUUUAAGGUUUCUUUUUGGUGGUCCUCCAGCCGACUCUGGAGCUGGUGUAGCUACUGUAAAGCUUGCCCAGGUGAUUUCAACUUGUGUUAGUGGCAUGGAUCUCCGUGGUGUGAGCUCUUGUCUGGCUGCUGUUGUUUGUUCUUCAGAGCAGCCGCCACUUCGCCCUCUUGGAAGUCCUGCAGGAGAUUUUGGUUCCGUAAUCUUGAAAAAUCUCCUUGAAAGAGCUACUUUGCUGACCAUCACUAAUCCUCAAGCCCCUGGCAGCAAUAUUAUUCCUCAUUACAAUUUCUGGACAGCUUCCUUUGCAUCGUUCUUCACUCUGCUCACCAACUACUGUGCUGAUAAGUAUGAAACUAUAGUGCAGUCCGUCUCAAAUCAAGCUGAGUCUAGUUCUGCAUUAGAAUUUUCACGCUCGGAAGUAGCAAGGGCGGUUAGCAGGGAAAUGCCAGUGGAACUUCUACGUGCAAGUCUUCCUCACACCGAUGAGCAUCAGCGGCGAACAUUGAUGGAGUUUGCGCACCGAUCUAUACCGUUCCCUGUCACUGAAUUCAAUCUCUGUGAAGAGGAAUACAGUGGCUGGAUAACCUCGGAAUCAGUUAGAAGUUAGAAGAGGUGAUUUAUCAAAAAUUGAAGCAGGGGCAUGAAUGAUAGGGCUGACUAUAUCAUGAUUCACGGCUGCUGUUCUGCUCAUAUUGUGAAUAGCUUUGUUUGUAAGUGCCAUCCGGGUUUUGUUUGGAUGGUGUACUUGUUAGUUGAAAGCUCAACCUGUGUGGAAUCACAAUUAAUGCCUGUUUGUAUGAACGGGUUUUAUGAUUGUGAAUAACUCGAAAAAGUUGUUAAUUGUGGUGAUUCCCUAUCGUGCAGGGCCUAGUUUUUGAAGCCCUGUUGGAAGUUGGAAUCCUUAGGACAGAAAUAGCCACUUAGGGUUUAAUUUGUACAUAAUCAGAAUGAGAAUGUAACCAUUAUUUUUUCUUUCCUUUUCUUGUUAUAAAUUGAUCUACUAUGUUGCUUGUCUUAAAGAAAGGGCCAAUGUACUUCUUGGUUCUUAGUCAAAACUCAAUAGUGUCUUGAUGUUGUACCCUAACCCUUUAGUUUCUAUGUUGCAUUGCACUUUUCAAUUUAUUGGAUUGUUUAUUUUUUGUUUUUAUUUCAGUCAUUUUCUUCUACAUUGUAUUAACUUU